CUCAGGGAUUUUAUGGCAGAUCUACUAGACUACGUUUGUUUCGAGGAUCGAUUUUUUAGCUGCAGGUGGCAGUUUCACUCCUUACGGUAAAGAAUACCAGACGUAACUUUCACACACCAGACUCUUGUUUAGCAUUGUUUAUCUUGAGAAUUUGAAUCUGAAUCCUCAGCAGGUCCAGGUCCAGAGGAACAACGAAUUUAUUAUUGGACAUCGAAAAGGAAAAUAAAUUACAGCAACUGGUGCGAACGAUGACCAUGUUGAAUGUGCCGGACGAACAAAUGGUGUAUUCCGUGGAAGACACCACAACGAAUCCGAUCGCUGAAAAGAUGGAACUGAAUGAUGAAGCAGAGACUACAACCGGCGCUACAGUGACCACGAAAACUUCGCUCCAGGUGGAGCCGCAGGACGAGGGGCAUCAUUCGAGCCCUGAAUUACCUAGUACGGCUGCACAGGAGCAAGUUUCUCCGGACAAGAAUCCUGCCGAGGCGUUUGAUGGCAUGACGGAGCAGGAGAAACCGGCCACUGCUGCUGUAGUUUCCGCCCCUCCUCCAGUUGCCCAAGCACCUCCGGUUGUCGCAGCGCCGCCCCAACAGCAAUACUACCAACAUGCGUACGGGCAUUCUAGUACCUCGCACCCUGUUGUUCACCAGCAUCCUCAAGGGUACUACUAUUACACAGCCGAUACUCCCGGCGACGACGAGGAUAGGAACAAACAUCACUACCAGACGACCGCGGACGGUGCUGCGGAACACGCGGGUGCGGAUGCCGAAACAGCAAGUCCGCCUCGCACCGCGUGCGGCUGCUCGCCGGGGGUGGUCGCAUUGCUAAUCGUCUUGGCGGUCGCGGCCGUUUGCGCAGGCGUGUUUGUCGCCUGGUGGCAAGCGGCAAAAAAUGCACAAGAGAAGGACGACGGGGCGGCCGCGGUCCGGCCAGGUCCGGUCGCGAGGCCCCCGGCCCCGGUAGUCACUCCACCACUCCCCGGGGUCAGUCCCGGUGUAGUUCCGCUCCCGGCCGGCCCGAAGCCGCCGGCGAGGGGGACCACGACGCCGGACGGCAAUGGAAGAACGCCGGACGGCAAUGGAACUACUCCGAACAACAACGCGCCGCCCGCUCCCACGGGACCAAUGGCAAAAAAGCAGGCCAGCAAUCUCGUGAGCAACGACCCUGACGAGGCAGUCUUCGUCCCUCCAACCACACCGGCAUCUUGGUAUGCGGUGCCUAUUUCUGGUUUCUUGAGGCCGAGCGUAACGUUUGCAACCGACACGUACGAACCCCUGCUAAGCGUGUCCGACAAAAUCGCAUUGCUGAGCUGGCUGGCGCACAUUCAGCACGACCAGGACCCGUUUAGAUUGGGGGGCGGCGCGCAGGCGAUCUUGGGCAUAGCUGCAGACGAAAGUUUGAAGCAUCACUUUGUGAACAACAUCACGCAGGACCGCGUGCACCUUGCGUACCGCGGUACGGCCGCCGUCGUGCCGUGGGAUAGGACGGGACUCACGUCCCGCUUGCGCACGGGGGAGAACCCGGAUGAAGCGUACUCGUCCACCAACGGAGUGCUGUGGUACCUGCACCAGCUGUUCCAGAACGAUUGGCGCCCGGCGACGCUGCGCACCGAGACGACCACCGGCUUCGCCCCCGAGGGGACCUACAACUGGGGGCAGCGCUCCAGCCUGUUCGGAAUAUCGUACCCGGUGACCGUCCCGGAAAUCCGGCCCAAAAGGCUGAACCGCACAUGGGACGCGGUAGACAAACUCUACGACGUCGGCAGCUCCGGCGCCUCCUGGACGGCGUUGCAAGUGAAUGCUUUCAAGUACCGAUUGAAGGCGCGGUUCGAGGACCUGCUGGCCGUCCGCAUCCACCACGAGGAUCUGGACGAUCUGUUCAAGCAGCACGCCCUGGACACCACGACCAUCACCACGUACUACAGUCCGCGUUGGGCAGAAGCGACGUACGAGCUGACGGAGACAAAGGUGCGCAAGAUCGUCAUGACCAUGUUCUGGGCGCUGCUGCUGGCGCGGAUCCGCAUCGGGCGAAAAAUCAUUCAGAGAGAAAACGACACGUGGACAAAUCCGGAGACGUUUCGGAUGGAAUUCGACAACCCGCACUCCGACGCCGAAAAGAUGGGCGUCGGCAACUGGGGCUUCGACCGCACCAUCUUCGGACCGCCCAAAGUGCUGUUCCACUACACGUCGCGGACCUCAUUUCUCGCAAUUCGAUCCUCCGGAAGCUUGCGACCAGCCGAGAGCUCCGUUCUCGGUCCGGGGGUUUACCUGACGAACAUGGAGGUAUAGUUGUCUGCCUUACGUUUCGAACAAUGCUCGCAUUCGCUAUUUCGUGAUCUUUCUUUGCCUUUUUCAUCUAUCGUAGCAACAGACACAAUCUUCAGAUGUCUGUAUCGAUCCAUCUGGUGUAAGUGAAAAAGUGCUUCUGCUUGCUGAAGAGAUACUUAUCACAGCAACCAAUCAGGCCGUACUAGUGCACAGUAGACAUAAAAGCUCAAAUCGAAAGCCUAGCCGUCUAUUCAUUGUCCGUACUAGAUUUGAUUUUCGAAAACAACGUAACACUUACAGCAAGGACUUUUUGCGGAGUUUGAAGUUGAACAAGAAACGACCGUCGGGGAGUCUUGUGUAUUCGCUUUCGACGUCGAUGCGCUGUCGCAGAAGCAGGGGUUCUAUCUGGACCGGUUCUUGGACGAGCGUCGCGGGGACUCUGGGAGGUCGUUCACCUCGUCCCGACGAGUGGCCGGUUCCUACGGAAACAUAGUUCUGGGAUCGCACAACUUCCCCACUUAUUUGAAGAACACAAAGAAAGGGCCUAAGCCGGGGAUUCUCACCGACGGAAAUCCGUCUGGUACACAGCACCAAAAUGUCACGGACUGGUUCGUGGAAAAGCGGGGCAAGGAAAUAGAGUGGGAGCUGAAGUUAUGCUAAUGGAAAAUUACCAUCACGACCCGGAAAAAAAAUGACGACUCUAAUUUUGCCAUGAGCAACAGUGUUGUAGAUGGUGCAAAUCCAAAUAGCAAACAUUCGAAAUUGCAUCGAGCAUCAAUUGGAAAUUUCUGCUCGAGAUGGGGACGAUUUUCCAUUGCAUAGAAGACAAACCUCCCGGUGUCAGGGACGUACCUUGACGGUGCGACUGACCAUUGGCGUGCCCGAAAGCGCGCAGCCUACUCUAACACCCGGGGGCGCCGGGGGAGGGCUACUGCCACAGGGUCUGCCAGCUUGAGCGAGGAUGUGGAGCCGCCGGCUCUGACGGAAAAUUUCGGCAGCGUGAUGCUGAACCAGCUCGACAAAGGCAUCGACUACAUCGGCGUCUGCAAUCUGGAUAUCCCCAAUGGCGAGAACACGGGUAUUCUGAGCGAGUGGGUGGCGGUCAAAGAGGGCCGCGCCACGAGGAGACCUCCGAGACCGACUGCGGUAUAAGGAGACCAAAUUGCCGCAUAUCUUAAAUUUCAAACUUUGGUACUCAUCAUUGAUCAUACAAACAUACGUGCACUGUAGGUCUGUCUUCAAGCAUUAAAAACAGUUAUAGUUAUUACUUCUCUGCAAGUCGUGUACUUCACACAGAUUUCGUUGUAAACAAAGUAUUUCACCAUAAAGGGAGCUUCGUUACUGCCACGUGGAUAAUGCAUAGAAAGUAAGGUGGUAACACGAAGGCUCCCCAUGUAAUGAGAAUGUUUUAUGUCGUGGAUAAUGUAUGAUGGAUGUUUUUGUUUCUUGUCUGCCCGCAGCACCUGAAUAAAAGUGUGCCAACACCUCCGUAGCACGGACGCUGUACUUUCAAUUCCGAAUAGAUUUGGGCUCCACAGAAGAACUAGGAAAACGAUAACCUAUCGCUAUGGAUCUGGCGAGAAUAACGAGGGCAGACUGCCCAGGCAUCUGCAGUACCCCUCACCCACUAGCUGUUUCUAGAAAACAAAAACGAAACGCGCUGCGCUCGUCUUGGCAAAAGACAAAGAGGCAACAACUUUCUUGUCGAAAUUAGUCACAAUAUCGAAGGAACGGGAUGAUGAAAAGUGAACAUGCUCGGAAACGUUUUUGGGCCACGGUUUUAUCUACAUCUCGACUAGCGUGUAUAGGGUGGACCACCUGAUAUAAUUGGACUUUGGUACAAUUACUUUUUUUAUCUACUAAACAUCGUCGAACGCAAUCGCAACAAACCUAGACUGUUACCAUGAGUGUGCACGUAAAUUCGUUUCAGCAUAACAACAUACACAGAAAACAUCACGAGUAAGACCUCCAUGUCAUACAUAUGGUUGAGCCUUCACGAUCACGAGAAAGAGAACGAAAAAAGAUAGGAAUUAUAACUACGAACAGAUAGCUCCGUUUCUAAAUUACAUGCUCUGAUAAUUUCUAGCUCGAGAAGGAGUCCCCGUUGUCGGCGCGGCCCUACUCCUGAUUGGAU